AUGACUCAGAUUGACUCUGAGGACGCUGUGCCAAUCUCGAAAUUAGCCGAGGUAAAGAAGAGCCAAGCUGCCGCCGAGAAGAGGCCAGUCGAGGCCGAUGUAUCCGAUUCCCAACCACCCAAAAGGCUGAGGUCUGAUCAACCUGAGGGUAGUUGUAGCUUCCCUUGCAAUAUGACCUGGGCUCCUGAGUUCAUGGCCAAGGCUACCAGAGCUGUACAAGGCCAUGCCGAGGCCAAAGCCGAAGCUAACAAGGGAGCUACCGAGGCUGCUAAGGCCGAGGUUGAGGCUGUCAAGGCCAAGGCAGCAAAGUUCAAGGCUAAGCUCAAUGAGGCCAUCAAAUCAAAUGAAGAAGAGGUCAAAGCAGCCGAUGAGAAGGCCUUUGAAGAGGGUCAAGCUGCCAUUUGUGACCAAUACAAAGAACAAGUCAAUAAGGCUUGCAACAGAGUGCCUUUCCCUCCAAAGCCCAAGGACUUUGGCGACGAAGCCAACGAGGAUAAUGUUGAGGAUAGUGAUGCCGAUGAAGAGGAGAAGGAGGCUGCCACUGAUGCCAUGUCCCCUACCCUAAAUGAGCAAGUCCUAGACUUGACUCAAGAUGAGGAGGAUGACUUGGCAUCCAAGGGCGCCUCUCCUAAACCAACCACUACUGAGGCCGAGGUCCAAUGCGCCGAAAAGAGUUUGGAUCAGACUCUGCUCGAAAUAAAUGCAAAGAUAGCGGCGAAGAAGAAUGCAAUGAUGCCAACCAAGGCCGAUACAACUCCAAUAGCCGAGGUUGAGUAA